GUUAAAGGGUUUGGGGUUUGGACGGAGCGGCAGUAAUGAAUCCCAUGUGGUCGAUUUCAAGAUGUCGAAGCUUGUCUUGUUCCCCUGCAACUCAACAAUGGAAGCUAGGGUUAUCAAUGCUCAAUCGGACUCUAUCUUUUUCUUCCUCUGCCACCGAUGAAGGAAUACGCAGCGGAGAGUUACUGAAACUGGAGGAAGUGGAGACAAUCCUCAGAGACGUGAAAGCUGAUAACGUCAAAGUUAUCCCCAUUCCUAAACAAUGUGAUUUUGCAGAUUUCAUGGUCGUUGCUACUGGUCGAUCCGCUUGGCACGUCCGUAACAUUGCUCAAGCCCUAAUUUACAAGGUUAAGCAGAAGCAAAAAGGAUCAAAGAGAAUGUUGUUACCUAGCGUGGAAGGGCAAGAAGGGGGGAACUGGAUUGUAAUAGACUCUGGCAAAUUAGUAAUUCAUGCCCUUGAUGAGAAAGUGAGAGCAUACUACAACUUAGAGAGGCUUUGGAGUACGGAUGCAUCAAACCAGGACCAUGGUGUUGGCCAGGGUCAGGAUUUGGACAAGGCCUUUUUGAAGGUUCGCCCUAAGAAUAACUCUAAAAACGGUCCUCUACAAGUCCCUGACCUCUGAGCUUCAGCAUGGAAAAUCAGCUGUCAUGUUGGCUGGCAAACUCAGCUUCUAUAUAGAAGUGGUUUCUUUCAGGAAUAGCCGGGGUUUUACUUAACAGUUUGGAGAUAGUCAUUAGAUCAAAGCUUGGAAGUUCCAUUUUCAUUGUGAGUAUAUGAUUUUGAUAAUGGUACCCAUGAAACCAUUGAGGCGUACAUUCUCACAAACAACAGUGAAGCCUUUGGUGUGUAAUAGUUGUUCCAGUUAAUGAUGUGUGUUAGGCUCGAGAGCCAUGACUAUUUUCUUGUUGAUGAAUGAUAUCAGCUUGGUCUACCGGGAAGCAAA